UUUUUUUUGGUCUGAAAAUUGUUUUUCAUUUCCAACACAUUAUUCAGGGUUCACCAUCUCUCUUCAAAGAGUUCUUUGCAAAACAGGAAGUGAGACCACAACAGACUAUUGUCACAUAACGAAUUAGAAGAAAACAUCAAUACUGAAGUUCAUCCAGUUUGGUUUCUGUAUCACAGUACCAGGAAUCAUCGAAACACCUUCAUCGUACUCCACACCCCACCCAACCUUAUAGUGUGUUAAUGUAAAAUAUUAACAACAAAUUAAACAUUUGAAGCUGAAAGAUAAAGAUUUUGCUGCCUUGAGUGCUCCACUGCACCUCUGUGAAAUCCAACUGUAUCCCAGCCACAGAUAACCCCACUGUUAACAUUAGCACCCAUUAGCUUCCCCGAAACUCUUCAUUUCCUCCCAGUUCACUGUUGCUUUGAAGCUCAACACAGUUCACUGUUGAGGUUCCAAACACCAACAGUGUCGGGUGCUAUUACAAGAUAUUGUCAAAAUUCCCCCCUUUUUCUUAGUCUUAGUGUCUUUAACAUCAGGUGAUUGCUCUGAGUCAAGAAACACACACCUGACACAUACCUGACCCUCAUUACGACUGGGGCUGCGAUAGCGGUUAGAUGUCUGAACUGACAGAUGACCUUCUUGAAAAGCUUUUAGAGAUGUUUAGACGUUAGAAAUUAGUCGAUAGAGGAGAAAGAAAAAAGUGGUUUGACUUGACAUCCUCCCUCCCAUUGGGCGCUUCAGAGAGCACAGUAUUAGUGCAGGCUUUUGUCCUCUUGUGGUCACUCUAACACAAUCUGAAAAUGGAGGAUGAAAGUGAUCCCUCAUUGUCAUUGUCAGGACUCCACUCAGAGGAUUCAUGCAAGAGUGUAGAAAGCCUAAAGAGGCCUGGACAAUGAAAUAAAAUGCAAUUGUUAGGCUUUUUAAUAGAUCCCAAGUGAAAAAAUAAUGUACAUAAGUGCAUUUGAAAUGCAUUGAAAUAUUAUGUUUCAAUUACAUUUAUAUAAAUGUGUACUUAUUUUAAAUAGAUUGAAAGUAAAUUAAUUUUAUGCUAUCAUGAAAUACUCAAAAGUAUGACGACUACAUCUUCUGCCACCUUCCACCUUUAUAUUUAAAGAACAGCCACCGUACCUAUACAAAUAUAUAUAUAUAUAUCAUCACAUAUUAUUAUUUUUUGGUUUUUAUGAACUUCUCUUUUUACUGUAACCCCGGAGGAACCUUUUUUCAAUGCAUCACAUGGUGGGACAACAGUGUGCAGUUGGAUGCUGUUUGGAUGAUGCAGGAGGUGGACAGUACCCAGCCAGGCUCUCUGAGAGCCUUCAGCGUCCUGGAUCGUCUGCUGUUGACGCACCAGGUGUGGCUGCAGCUGUCGCUCAACCAAGACUCCGCCCUCUAUAUCCUGCUCAGAGAGCCUGUUGGGACCUUUUUGGUGCGCAAAUGCAGCUCCAGCCAGAGAAAGGUGCUGUGUUUGAGAGUAACAGCUGACAGAAGUGCCUCCUCUGUUAAGGAGUGCUUCAUCUGUGAGGAGGACUCCACAUUCGCCUUGGAGAGCUCAGCACUCAGCUUCCCUGACCUGUGUCGACUGGUGGCCUUCUACUGUAUCAGCAGGGAUGUGUUGCCUUUCCCUCUUCAGCUACCAGACGCCAUUGCUAAAGCCACAACACACAGGCAGCUGGAGGCCAUCUCACAUAUGGGACAAGACUUCUGGAGCUUGCCGAGUGCUUCAGAGAUCCAAAAUGGACCGUUGGACCCGGUUCCAUCAACCAGUGGCAGCCCGGGCCAGACUGCAUUGACCCAGGACCAGUGGAACCUGCUGAUCCAAGGCAGACAAGGCAAACUCUGCUUCAUCAACCCACUCUUCUUGCAGCUGGAAACAAGCAAGCAGCCACAACUCACAAACCACAGUGCCUCCAAUAAAAGGCACCGCUUCAAGCGCAGCAUGCGGCUCCGGCUCUCCGAGUCCUCCAUGAAUCUGUCCCUGGAGGGGGUCGGCUCCUACUCACCUCCCCCGUCAGUGGAGCAUCCCGGCGGGUCAGAGAGGCUGCAGAAGUCUGGCACCAACUCACAGAGGAGAGUUCACGCUGGGGCAGGGGUCUUGAGGAGAACCCCUGCCGUAUCACCUGGGUCCGCAGAGGAAGAGGACAUGAUGUCUGUCUAUGUGCCACAAACAUCUGCCAAGGUGGAGGAGCCUCCAGUACCCCAGCAGUCUGCCCGAGCGGAGGAGCCAGGCAUCGAGGUGGCGGUUCUGGGUUUGGAGCAUCGCCCGGCUCCGUCCCUGGCCGAGCUCGACAGCAGCAGCUCCUUCAGCAGUAUGGAUGAGGAAAAUGACUCGGAUUCAGAUCCAGAAAGCAUGGCCCAAACCCAGAUGCACACCUACUAUCGUCCGCCACUGGUGCGCUCUCGAGGCCGCGGGGGGUUGCACCGUAUGAGCGAGGCGUUCGUGUGUUUCUUUGCACCAGACAAGCGGCUGACGCGACUGGUGGAGGAGCUGUCCAGAGAUAGACGCUCCAUCUUCGGGGGCAUGGUUCAGGACUUCCUCUUGGCACAGAGAGGGGUGCUCAAAUCUCUGGCCUCCUCUUCUUCUUCAUCAUCAUCAUCAGCGUCCUCUUCCUCGUCACGUGUGACAUCUGUGCAGCUCCUGCAGGGUCUGCGGCUCUUUCUGUCCCAGGUUAAGUACUGCCUGCUGGACAGCGGAGAGCUGGAGCCUCCCAUUGAAAUCCUGGUGCCAGAGAAUGAGAAAGACCUGGCGCUGGAGCGAGCCAUGUUCUCCUGUGUGCUCAGGCCUCUGAGGUCCCACCUCGAAAAAGCCCUGUUGGCGUUGCACAACGAGGACGGCUCCAGCCAGCGCCUCACCCAGAACAUGCUGCGUCUGAGAGGGGACGCCGCCAUGGAGCAGCUCGGCGUACGUACGGGCGUCCCGGACAGCCGUGAGGUGGAGAGAGUGAAGAAGAAGCUGGUCCUGAUGCAGCGGACGCACUCGCCUAUCGAUAAGGUGCUCCUUCUGCUGCAAGUGUGCAAGUGCGUCCACAAGGCCAUGGGGUCCUUACAUGGACAGGAAGUGAGCUGGGAGGACUUCCUGCCAUCCUUGUCGUAUGUGCUUGUGGAGUGUAAUAGGCCUCACAUCCUGAUAGAGGUGGAGUACAUGAUGGAGUUGCUGGAGCCGUCCUGGCUCGGAGGAGAGGGAGGGUACUACCUGACCAGUGUGUAUGCCAGCCUGCAUCUGAUCCAGAGCCUGGACCAGGAGCAGCCCUUCUCAGGCUGCCUGACGCCGGAGGCCCAGGAGGCUCUGAGGGAGUGGAGCUGCAGACGGAGCCAAGAGGCCCAGAGGCAAAAAGAGAACCGGCACAGCCAGAGGUGCGUUCGGAUACUGUUCCAGGACGGGGAGCGGAGCGCCGUGCGGACGUUGCAGUGGAGAGCCGGGGAGACCAGCCAGGCCCUGGCGCAGCUGUGUGCCACCACCUUCGAAGUGUCCGACCCGCAGCAAUACACCCUGUACUGGCGCAGCGGCGGCGAGAUGAGGGCCUUGCCGCCUCAGGCUCAGCCCCAGGACCUGGCCAGCCACAGCGAGGGAGGCCCCUCGCUCUCCUACCUGAGGACCGACCACGACUUCAGCAAGAUGCGGCGGCUCACCAGAGGUGGCGCCGUGGACCUGAGCGAGUCGGUGUGUGAGGAGUGAGUGGGAGGGAUGGAGGAAGGAGGGAGGAGGAGGAGGAGGAGUAGGAGGAGGAGAUGGAUGGUUGCUCUCGCUUUCUCUCUCUUUCUCUCUCUUGUUCUGUCUCUUUCUCUCCGGCGGUGUGUUGUGUCUCAUCGUGGGUCAGGACUUGUUGUGAAAAACUACAGCCCUUCACCAGACUAGGAGCAGACCUUAAAUGGUAAACUCUUCCCUAAAUGGACCAACAUGCAGAGCAGAACAGGCCCUGCAUAGGGACUGUUGCCAAAAGUUGUACUAUGUACCACUCAGUGUGGCUGCUAGUGUAAAGGAGUGUACUAUUUGUGACAUGGAAAAUGUGUAAUAAAUGGAUUUGGUUGUUAUUUGACACAUGAACCCAGAGUUAUAGCAUGAAGGGAUUACAUCAUUAAAACGUGAGGAGGCUCAAAUCCAAAGACAAAUUCUGUGAAACUACCGUUGCCUGGAAACAAAAUCACCUUCUGUAUGCACACGAGAAGGCAAAUUGUCCACUGUGGUGAUGUAACCCUUUCACGGAAUAGUUCUGGGUGAAUCUAAAAGACACUUGGAUGUUUUUAUUACUUCACUUUUAUGUGUAAAAGUCUGCAAAUCUUUGGAUGGAACCACAUUGUUAAAGGGUUUGGGGAUACAAAACCUUCAUGUGCCCCCUUUGGAAUACAGUUUGAUUGACAAAAAAAAAAAAAAGGAGAUGUUUUUAUAGCCAAGACCAAACCUCAAUACCAAAGUGACAAAAACAGUCAGAUAAAGAGGCCAUUUUUGUGCUACAACAGGUGUUUACUUUGAAAGAAAUCAGGUUUACAAGCACGAGGGAAGCUUUAAAUCAGCUGUUCAUUUUUAGAAGCACCCACAGAGACAAUUUUAUUUUUGCUUUUUGAGAAAAAGCGCAGACACUCCUCCUUGCUUGAGUAUUCUAUUAAGUGUUUUUGGCAGGGCGAGUAAUUGGUGAGUAGGAGGGAAGUGAUAGAAAAGCAUCAGCUCUCUGUUUUUUAAAACCAUGUGAGAAAAAUAAAUUCACAUCUCGAGGCUGAGACGACCUGCAACAGAUUUACUGAAUGACUUGCGAAUGUAUUCGAAUCUUUUUUUUUUUCCGUGUCAGAGUUUAAUCCUUUCAGAACUGCAUUCAUUUCACGUUUUUAAUCCACCGCUUUUGAGUUCUACUGUUUCUCUUCUUCUUCUCUGCACUGUAAAAUAACAACCCGGACUGAGAGGACAGUCUGACCAAUAAGAAUAACACUGAUGACUGGUAGAAUGUAAAUGUAAAAGUCACCAGCUUCUGGCGUCUCCUGCUGCAAGUCAUCAUUAUCAACUGACUGUUCAACUCAAUGUCAUUAUCAAUUAUCAUAUUGUGUAUUUAAAACUAACUUUUAAUUGUUUCGAUUUGUUGGGUAGAUAUCGAACCUAAGUAUGGAUUUUCAACAUAUCUGGAGUUUCUAAUCGGCUGAGGAGGUUAAUUUUUUCGAGAACUAUGAUGUGUUUUGAACAUAAUUGCAUGCUUUUUCAUUUAACGUGAAGGUUCUGCGAAUGUGAUGUGUGUGUGCGCGUGAAGCAUGUGUUCAUUGUGAGAGCUCACUAUUUCUUUUCAGUGUAGAAACACAUUACUGUAUUCUGUCAGGUAACUCAGUAUCGCAAUAAAAAAAAAAUUGCAAUA